CGCUGGCCGCCGAGGGCCGGCCGAUCCGCGCCGCUCCUUCGCUGGCCGCCGCGCAAGAGGAUUCCGGGAAACGUCCGCCAGCCAUGAGCCGGCGGGACUGAGCGCCGGCGACUCGGGAGCAGCGCGGCAGAGCGGAGCGAAGGGCCAGACCGGGGCUCAGGGAGUGCGGCUGCCGGAGCUGCUGAUCGGGCGAUGAUCCGGGGCAUGGAGGGGCCGAUGGCGGACAACCCGCCGCAGCCGCCGCCCGUCAUCUUCUGCCACGACUCCCCAAAGCGGGUGCUGGUGUCGGUCAUCAGGACGACCCCGAUCAAGCCCACGUGCGGCGGCGGGGGGGAGCCGGAGCCGCCACCGCCGCUCAUCCCCACCAGCCCCGGCUUCAGCGACUUCAUGGUGUAUCCGUGGCGCUGGGGCGAGAACGCGCACAAUGUGACGCUCAGCCCCGGGGCCGCGGGGGGCGCCUCCUCGGCCGCCUUGCCCGCCGCCGCAGAGCACCCGGGGCUCCGAGGCCGGGGCGCGCCCCCGCCCGCAGCCUCCGCCGCCGCUUCGGGAGGGGAGGACGAGGAGGAAGCGAGCAGCCCAGACAGCGGCCACCUCAAGGAUGGAAUCCGACGUGGCAGACCCAGAGCAGAUACUGUCCGGGAUCUAAUAAAUGAAGGAGAGCAUUCAUCCAGCAGAAUCCGUUGUAACAUCUGUAAUAGGGUGUUUCCACGGGAGAAAUCGCUCCAGGCUCACAAAAGGACUCACACAGGUGAGAGACCCUAUCUGUGUGACUAUCCAGACUGUGGAAAAGCCUUUGUUCAAAGUGGACAGCUCAAAACACAUCAGCGUCUUCACACCGGAGAGAAACCUUUUGUUUGUUCGGAAAAUGGCUGCCUAAGCAGAUUCACCCAUGCAAACCGCCACUGUCCGAAGCACCCUUAUGCCAGGCUGAAACGGGAGGAGCCCACAGACGCUCUCAGUAAGCACCAGGCUGUGGACAACCAGGCUGCCGCCGAGUGGUUGGCCAAGUAUUGGGAAACGAGAGAGCAGCGUGCCCCCACCCUGAAAGGAAAGCUCGUUCAGAAGGCCGAUCAGGAGCAGCAGGACCCUCUGGAGUACCUUCAGUCUGAUGAGGAGGACGACGAGAAGCGUGGUGCCCAGCGCCGGCUGCAGGAGCAGCGGGAGCGCCUGCACGGUGCCCUUGCACUCAUAGAGCUCGCCAACCUGACUGGAGCGCCACUCCGCCAGUAGCCUGAACACUGACUCUUCCACUGUACAAAAGUACUGCCCAGCGUACUUAAAAAGUAGAUCCUUGGGCAUAAGCUAAGCACCUUAUUUGCUUAUCAUAGGCUGCUAUUCUGUAGAAAUUUAUGAAGAAUGUCAUCGCCCCAUAAUAUGGGGUGAGAGAGAAUUGCACUUUUUUUAUAUGGUAAUGGAUUUGUUGUAAAGUUUAAAAUAUUUUGUAAAUAUGGGACUUCUAGUACAGGGUAGAAAAGGAUAUAUUGUGGGAAGCUAGAUUUUGCAAGUUUAAUGCAUUCAUUGGAAGCAGUUCUCACAGGAAGCACUUUCUGAAUAAGACACUUGUAUGAAAAAACAGAAUGGUACAUGUAGCCAAAGAACGUUGAAAUAGAUUAUUUAUAAGAUCAUUUUUAACGAUGUAUAUUAGUAUGUUUAACAAUACUGUAAACACUGAAGCAAGCCAGAAAGUAUAAGAUGCGUGUGUAAGAUAUGUAUUUUUAAAUUGCAAAAUAGUGUGCCUAAUGAGAAGUGGAAAACUGACUAUUUUGGAAGACAUUCUAAGUUAUAGACUUUGGAAGAAGAGAUUUUUGAGGAUCUUGGUGAGAUGCACAGUAGUUAAGAAUUUUCAGAAUUGGAGUCCUAUCAGUCUUAUUCUAUCUUUCUGAGGCUUUACAAUUCACUAUGAUAUUUAGGUUUGAAAAGCACUUGGCAUCCCUAUUAUGUUAACUUGGGAACUUUUGCACAUUGCAUAUUUCUCAUUUGCUGAAAUUGAGUGAUUAAUCUUGCAAAGUCUAGAUAACUUGGUAAUUUUUUUAAAAAUUUUUUAAUAUUAUGGACCCUGUAAUGAGAUUUGGCACUUGGAUUUUAUUAAUAAAAGGGACAUCUACAGGGUGGUUCUGUAGUGAAGUUUUAGAUCUUUUGUUAGCAAACACUAAAUUUUAAUUGUACUGCUUGUUUAGAAUUAUUAGCAAAUGGAAGCCUCCUAUUUAUAUUUUCAGUGCAUAAAGCCACCUUCUUGCUUUACUUCAGAAUAACAUGCCAAGCUAUUUUGUGUUCACUAAAUUUAGUUAUCAGUUAAACACUGCAGAAAAUAGUAGCUACUCAAAUAAGUAGGUUUCUGGAAUAGUUUCAACUGCAAGUGUGUUAACUUGUGUGGUGGUUUUAAGCCAUUUUUCCAAAUGGAUGAAGUUUUUAAAUACCACUUUAUGUACUGAAGCAUAAACAGAAAAAUUAAGACCUGAGCAGUUCACCUCCUUUAUGUAUAGGCAUAAACCUCCAUCAUUUAAGCUUUUGUUAACGCAGAAACUAAAUGACAUGCAUAGCAUGGUAAUUUGAUAGAUUGUUUAAUUGGAGUAAACGUCAGAGUAAUAGAGGGAAAUAUGGGCUCUCCAGCGCCGUUUUUUUUUCUUUUUUGAAGUUGUAGCCUAUGGAUGUAGUUUAAACAUUAUCUAAAAUGUAGGCUUCUUUAUCCAAAAAUUCCAGUGUGUUGCAGUACACAGGUAGUUUAAAAUACAUAGCAAUGGGGAAGGGGUGGUAUGUAAAUGUCUUGAAAAGAAGCAAAAGUGUGAAAGAUGAUAGUAACAAAUAAUGUGUGUGAAUGAGGACAUACUUUAAAAAUGUAAUUCCUCUGUACAGUAAAUUACAAAUCUUGAGGGAUUUUUUUUUUGUAAUAAGAGAAUUUAUAUUUGUAAUGGUCUAAGAAUUUUGUCUGUAAUCUGGUAUAUAGAAUUUUAACUUGGAGCACUUAUAAGCACAGUAAGAGAGUCUGUAGCAUCAGAAUUUUCAUGGGUUAGGUUUCAGCAUUUUCUCUAGAAUUUUUUCUCUCAAAUAUAACUUAAAUGAACUAUGAAAAGCAACACUCAUCGUCUUGGGAAAUUUAAAAUUUGAUGAACUUACCUAAAGAAGAAAGGGCAGUAAACUCGUAUUAAAAAAUACAAAUACUUC